AUCAGUAGUCGCUUGAGCGCGGCGGUAGCUGCCUGUCAGAUAGUGGCGAGAGACGCAGAGAGAGAGAGAGCACCUAACCUGGUCGCUACGUCUUUCUGAAUCAAACCCUCACUCACUCGGCGCCUCUUUAAAGGCAUUUCACCGCUCCAACGGCCGUGUAGCUGCCGGGCGGACCUGUGUUUUCAAACACCAGAUCUAACACGAAAUAACCGUUAACGUUUUCGGUUCAGAAUAAGGGAGAAGAAGCGAGAGACAGACAGGGGAGAGACAUGGCUACGACAACCUGUACGCGAUUCACAGACGAGUAUCAGCUUUACGAGGAGCUGGGGAAGGGAGCCUUUUCAGUGGUGCGCAGAUGUGUUAAGCUGUGUACAGGACAGGAGUACGCCGCCAAAAUAAUCAAUACCAAAAAGUUAUCUGCAAGAGAUCACCAAAAGCUGGAGCGAGAGGCUCGGAUUUGUCGCCUUUUGAAACACCCCAACAUUGUUCGUCUUCAUGACAGUAUAUCAGAGGAGGGCUUCCACUACCUCCUGUUUGACUUGGUGACCGGAGGUGAGCUGUUUGAAGACAUCGUAGCCAGAGAGUAUUACAGCGAGGCGGACGCCAGUCAUUGCAUCCAGCAGAUCCUGGAGGCGGUGCUUCACUGCCAUCAAAUGGGCGUGGUGCACCGGGACCUGAAGCCAGAGAACCUGCUCCUGGCAAGCAAAUGUAAGAAUGCCGCAGUGAAGCUGGCCGACUUUGGCCUGGCCAUCGAGGUGCAGGGCGAUCAGCAGGCCUGGUUUGGAUUUGCUGGCACACCGGGGUACCUGUCCCCUGAGGUAUUGAGGAAGGAGGCAUAUGGCAAACCUGUGGACAUCUGGGCCUGUGGGGUGAUUCUCUACAUCCUGCUGGUGGGUUACCCUCCUUUCUGGGACGAGGACCAGCACAAACUGUACCAGCAGAUCAAGGCUGGGGCUUAUGAUUUCCCUUCUCCAGAGUGGGACACAGUGACCCCUGAGGCUAAAAACCUGAUCAACCAGAUGCUGACCAUCAACCCAGCCAAGAGGAUCACUGCUCAGGAGGCCCUCAAACACCCAUGGGUCUGCCAACGGUCCACAGUGGCGUCUAUGAUGCACAGACAGGAGACUGUGGAGUGCCUGAAGAAAUUCAAUGCCAGAAGGAAACUUAAGGGGGCCAUUCUCACCACCAUGCUGGUCUCUCGAAAUUUCUCUGCAGCUAAGACCUUGCUCAACAAAAAGGCAGAUGUCAAGAAACGCAAGUCCAGCUCUACUGUCCAGUACAUGCCCCAGACAAACAGCACCAAAAACAGCAUAGUCACCAGCCCCAAAGGAAACAUCCCUUCACCUGCUCUGGAACCUCAGACAACCGUCAUCCAUAAUCCGGUGGACAGGACUAAGGAAUCAUCGGACAGCAGCAACACCACCGUGGAGGAUGAGGACGUGAAAGGGAAGAGCUUAGACAACAGCUCGUUUAAGGCCCAGUCCAGUACGAGCUCCCAGCCUGAUAGCUCUCAGGGCUCCGCAGCUGCCGUGCACUCUGCCGCAAAGUUCGCUGACCUGCUGGGCUCAGUGCGUAGGGCCUCAGUGCCCACACCUGACGGGGAAGGGAGAUCCGGCACUCCACCUCCAGCAGCCCUCUCCGCCCCCUCCCCUCCACACACCCCCAUGCAGAUGUCUCGGCUCACAGACCUGGUAAGCAGCGUUCGCAGGGUGUCGGCGGCCGCUGCGCCCGAGGCCGACGCUGCACCGGUACCUAGCGCCAGGCCCGCGCCUCAGCCUGCACACACCACCUCCCCACCUCCCCCUCACCCCUCCUCCAGCCUUUCCCUGUCUUCUUCCCAGACACGCAAACAAGAAAUUAUCAAGAUCACUGAGCAGCUGAUAGAAGCAAUCAACAACGGAGACUUUGAGGCAUACGCUAAGAUCUGCGAUCCUGGAUUGACCUCCUUUGAGCCGGAGGCGCUCGGCAACCUGGUGGAGGGAAUGGAUUUCCACAGAUUCUACUUUGAGAACCUUUUGGCCAAGAACAGCAAGCCCAUCCACACCACCAUCCUGAACCCACACGUCCACCUGAUCGGCGAGGACGCAGCCUGCAUCGCUUACAUCCGCCUGACUCAGUAUGUUGACGGCCAGGGUCGGCCGCGGUCCAGCCAGUCAGAGGAAACUCGCGUCUGGCAUCGCAGAGACACCAAGUGGCAGAACAUCCACUUCCACUGCUCAGGCGCACCAGCUGCGCCACUCCAGUGAGGGUUGAAUGCCAUAGCUUUGUCUGUCAGGAGUGCUCUGCUGGAGAGAGAGAGGAAGAAGAGGAGGAGGAGGAGGAAGGGAUGAAAGAACAAAUCCAGUGUCAGUUUGGGGGACACUUCAACAACAAACCCUCCCUCACUGGGCACCCGGCCUCAACCCCCAGCAUGCAUCGCUUCUUUUACUACUACUGCCCCCCUCUGUCUGUCACCUGCCCUACAACACCUACCGACAACCGUCAAACAACAGCAACAACCGCACAUCCAACGGCUCCUUCACCCCCCCCCCCACCCCACCCCCCUCCGCCCUCGACUUCCUCUUCUUCCCUCUGGCACACUGGGUGAUUGGCAGGAGUGUAGGGGGGGGCGGGGGGGUUGUUUUCAGCACUCGGUGUGAUUCCUUCUUCCUGUGGUCUCUUCCCCAUCCCCACAAUUUUUGUGACACCAACCCUCUUGUCCUCCUGUGAAUCCACACUUGUGUGACAUAAACACUGCACUGGAAAUACAGUAUGUAAAGUUUUAAGUAAAAUCUAUUAUCAUUACUAUAUUAAUAUUAUUAUUAUUAUUAUUAUUAUUAUUAUUACACAUUUUCAAUUGUAUAUGUAAUUUGUAUAAUUCUAAAUUCUUGAUGCCAGUGGUUUCCAGAGUUGAAGGAAAUCUUUUUUUUUGUUUGUUUGUUUGUUUGUUAGUUUUUCUCUAUCUUUUUAAGGAAGCAUGUUUUUUUUCCCCCAUAUUAACAGUGGCUGUUUUUUAUUGUGGCUAUUAAGUGGAAAAUGAUAUUGGCAGUUUUUGUAAUUUGCUUCACUGUAUGUUAGCUAUAAUACUGCGCCUAAACUCAUGGUCAACAUGUUUUUGUUUGUUUGUUUGUUUGUUUUGUUUUCCCCCUUUUUCUGUCUUUUUUUUUUUUUUUUUUUUGAAGGGGUGUGUGAAUAGUGUGCGCUAGUCCAAACACAAUGGCUCUGUUGUUUUUCCCUUGUUGCAACAUGAACAGCUGGAGAAGGAGUCAGCUAAGCCCUGUGUCCUCCUGCGUCAACAUUUGAAACGUACAACAAAACAAACAACAUGCAAUAGGAGUUUUAUCACGAAUUUAUUUUUGCCCAUCUUCACGUAUUUCCCCUGAAGUCCAGCACCCUGAACGGUGAGGUCAAAAAAAAUACAGCAGCAUCGCGCAUACGAAGAAGAAAAACAUAUAGCUUUUUAGUGUUGGCUUAUUAUAACAGAAUACUUAAUGUUGGAGUAACUUUUUUCUGUUAAUACAACAUAUACUGACUUAUAUUUUUAACUAGAAACUUCCUAUUAUAUCCCCUUAUCCCAUUUUGACAAAAUAAGUUGGUAUGUUGUAAAGAAUUAUUCAUAUGUUCUGUGUAACAUAUGUGACAUAACAAGAAAAAGUUCCAGUCAAAGCCUAAAGAGGAGUAGAGAGUAGCCGAUACUGGAGAAACUGAAAGUAAUACGUUUUAAGGAGUUAAUACAUUUUUAAGCUCACACUAUUGUACAUAAAAGUAUACACUGAGAACAAUUUUUAAACACCUUUUAAAUGAGGUGGAGGAGCAUGAAAGGCCUGCAUGGAUACACAUCCCAGUCCUGGAUUAAAGUAUAUUUGAAGGGUUAUUUGAAGUCCUGGUCUGAUGUUUAACCAAAGAAACCUCAACAGGUUUAACUGGGCACUGAAAAAUGAAAGAUCAAAAUAUUGUUUUACUGUAAAUUCUUGCUAUGAUUAAAUUAUUAGGUAUGUCAUAAUAACAAGUGAAGUAAGUCAUACUGUAACAUCACAGUAUCUCGUUACAGACUUUUAUAAUGAAACUGAGCUCAGCUUUUUAGUAGCAGCCCUCACUUUCCUUUGACGCCACACUUUUACCUUCAGUGAAGAUUUCUCAGAAAUCUAAUAAUAAUAAUAAUAAUAAACUUUAUUUGUAUAGCACCUUUCAUAUAAGAAAUACAGCACAAAGUUCUUUACAAUAAAGAAAUUACACGCUCCAAGUGCAUCACAUGAAAAAAGACAUAAAAUGAACAUAAAAACAUGCUAAAAAAACAUUAACGUAACAUAAGAUGGAAAGUAAAACC